UUCUUAGCCAUGCACUGGUCUCUAUGAAAACUCUACACGAGCAUUUCACUACAGUAAGUAUCUAGCUAAAAACUCUCUUUGGUUAACUAGUGCAUGCAUAUUCUUACAGGUGAAAAGUCUACCUGUUUGUAGUGAGAAUAAUUUACAAGCUAGUGUAGAAGUACAAGCUCUGUAACAAGCUCUGUUUAUACAAUCAAGCAGUGAUGGCUUGGACCAGCUCCUCUGUUAACUGUUCUGCUCUGGCAUGGUCCCUUCUACUAUUGCUGUGCUCUUCAAGAGGCUCUGCUCAACUGUCAGUGAUCACCGUGGACACAAACCAACCUCUCAAUCCCAGCCGUAUCGUCGUUGGCACGGCUUCAGACCUGGCCCUUCAGGUCCGCUGCACCACAACCUCAACCAGUGCUACCUCAUGGACUAAAGAUGGAUCAACUGUUAGCCAGGGUCUAAAUCCAUUUGGAAUCUCACAAGAGGAUGGAGUUCUGAGAGUGUACCCAGUGACCUUGUUGAGUGAGGGGGACACUACCUUCUCUUGUUCUGAUGACUCUGAUAGUCUCGAUGUUUUGUUUGAUAGACGUCCGCAUCUCUUCUUUACCUCACCAAUACCAGAGCAAGCUCCAGCAACGACUGAUGUCAUCACUCUCUGCCCUGUCCCCGAUAUCCCUACUGCCACGGUAACAGCGGUAAAUGACACAGGAUUCUCCUAUUGCCAGGUGGUGACUGAGAGGGGAACGUUUAGGAGCAGAAGUAUUAUCACUGAGGAGGAAGUGCCAAGUUUUGCAUAUGAGCCGUUGGAUUUGGAAUCUAAUCCGUUUAACGGGAACUCCAGAGCUGCUUUCUCUUGUGCUGUACUCGGAAUCAAACCGGUGACCAACAUUCAGUGGUACUUUGAAAUGAUGCAGUUUGGUUCUGGAAUGGGGCCGGAGCUUAUGGAUGGAAUACUGACAAAUAACAUGGACAGUGUCACUAUAAGCAGCGGGACUGAUGUCAUCUCUUCAAGAGCAAGUGUUCUGUUGCUUGAUAAUGUUGGCAGUCAGCACGAAGGUUUCUACAGAUGUGUGGUCACCUUUGCAGAUGAGCAAACUCUCUCCAGUAGAAAUGCCUCUUUGAGAUUUAAUGCUACCGUGGCAUCAGUAGAGUCCAUAGUCCUGGCACCCAGUGACCUCACUGUGUUGGAGGGGAACACUCUACUUGUACCGUGUGUAUCGUCAGGUUCAAGCCUGCCAUCUUUCUUGAGGGUCAUAUCUGGCACCAUGGAAACCAUUACCACUGGGGUGACUCAGCUUGGGCUGGAGAUGAGCAAUGUAGCCAUUACUGACUCAGGAGUGUACACUUGUACUGUUGGUGGGGUGACAGCUGAUGUCAUGGUGACUGUUACCCCUAGUUUGUUUCCUCCUGAUACUGCAACAAUAACUCGUAGUCUCCCUGAACUCUUUGAUGUUCCUCCAGAGAAUAUAGUAAUUGAUACUGUGGCAGGCUCUGCCAGACUGCGAUGUGUCUCUCCAGUAGCUGUUGACCUACUUUGGUUGAUGGACACAAUCUUGCUUCAAGCUGCUACUAGAAACUUCCUCAUUCGAUCUGGUGUAUCUACUCCUGGCUUCUAUCAGUGUGCAUCUGCACGAACUGGUGACUCCAUUAACUUGUAUGCCAGCGAAGAGGAGAGCAUCUACAUCCUGAGAGCAUUCCUCAGCAACACAGCGUUGCCACCACCAGUAUCAAUCAACAGACCAUUCACUGGUUCAACCAACAUUAACCUGACCUGUUCUACUGAAGGCAACCCUCUACCAACACUCUCCUGGAUUGUAAACGGCCUCCCCAACUCUGAGGGUGUACAGGCUGUCACUGGCUUCAUGGACACGGCCUCCUCUAUUUUAACGCUGUCCAUUGCUGACCUAAGCCUUGGGCCUAACACAGUAUCCUGCACUGCCUCCCUUGACCCUCCUGUCGGAGUGGACCCUGUGACAAGAAACACCACAAUUACAGUACAAGCUGCCCCCAUCAUCACGACCCUAGCUCCUAUGGACCUCACUGUGUUUGCGGGUGAAGUAGCAGUGUUUAACUGCACAGUGGAGGGAUUUCCCCUACCCACAAUCUACGACUUUACAUUUACCCAACCCCUACCCACGCUCUACUGGGUAAUGGUGGACAAUGACGGGAACGAGAAACUUCUAAUUGCUGAAGAUAGCUUUGAUGUCACUCAGACUGUCACAUCACCAUCCACAGUAACCAGUACUCUGACAGUUUUUUGGGCUGGCAUCACACUCAACGGUUUCUAUCGAUGCAUGGCCAGCAAUGUUCUGGGAGCCGUCACCGAAACUGCCCAACUAACUGUCAACCGUUCCCCCGUCAUCAGACCUCGUAGGAACAUAUCUGUGUUAGCUCCAGAAGCAGCCGUGUUGAGCUGCUUAGUGGAGGGAUUUCCCCUACCCACGGUCUCCUGGGUGAUGGUGGACAGUGACGGGAACCAGAUACCUAUAACUAGUGGAGGGAGCUUUGCUAUAGCUCAGACUAACACCUCUAUCACACUGACUAGUAAUCUGACCAUUUCUCCUACUGAUAUCAGACGGUCGGGACAAUACCUGUGUGUGGCUACCAAUGAGUUCGGCAUGGCUAAUCAGUCUGCUCUCCUCACUGUGAAUGCUCUCCCCAACAUCACAUCCCCUCCUAUGGAUCUCACUGUGUUAGCUCCUCAAGGGGCAAUGUUGAGCUGCUCAGUGGAGGGAUUUCCCCUACCCAUGAUCUCCUGGGUGAUGAUGGACAGUCAGGGGAACAAGAGAGCUAUAACUAGUGGAGAGAAUUUUAAUGUUACUGAGACUAGUUCUGCCUUUUCAAUAACCAGUAAUCUGACCAUUUCUCUCAGUGAUGUCACACGGUUGGGACAAUACCUGUGUGUGGCUACCAAUGAGUUCGGCAUGGCUAAUCAGUCUGCUCUCCUCACUGUGAAUGCUCUCCCCAACAUCACAUCCCCUCCUAUGGAUCUCACUGUGUUAGCUCCUCAAGGGGCAGUGUUGAGCUGCUCAGUGGAGGGAUUUCCCCUACCCAUGAUCUCCUGGGUGAUGAUGGACAGUGAGGGGAACAAGAGAGCUAUAACUAGUGGAGAGAAUUUUAAUGUUACUGAGACUAGUUCUGCCUUUUCAAUAACCAGUAAUCUGACCAUUUCUCCCAGUGAUGUCACACGGUUGGGACAAUACCUGUGUGUGGCUACCAAUGAGUUCGGCAUGGCUAAUCAGUCUGCUCUCCUCACUGUGAAUGCUCUCCCCAACAUCACAUCCCCUCCUAUGGAUCUCACUGUGUUAGCUCCUCAAGGGGCAGUGUUGAGCUGCUCAGUGGAGGGAUUUCCCCUACCCAUGAUCUCCUGGGUGAUGAUGGACAGUGAGGGGAACAAGAGAGCUAUAACUAGUGGAGAGAAUUUUAAUGUUACUGAGACUAGUUCUGCCUUUUCAAUAACCAGUAACCUGAUCAUUUCUCGCACUGACCUCACCUCCAAUGGCGUGUACAUGUGUGUGGCCAUCAAUGAUGUCGGGUCUAUCAAUGCAUCUGCACUGCUCACUGUCAAUGCCCCUCCACUGUUUUUGGUCAGUCCAGUUGAGGAGGUUUUGGUAAUCGAAGGAGAGAUGAUAGCUCUAAACUGCACUGCUGAGGGGAAUCCCCUACCAGCCAUUACCUGGAUGAUUAACACGACCAAUGGCAUGACAUCUUCCGUAGACAGUGACUUCAAUAUUACUUUGAGCAACAGUACGUUCACUCAGACCAGUGUGCUUAGGUUCGUCGCUAUGGAGACGUACCCUCUGAGGGCGAAUGGUUCCAUGCCAUACUGUGUAGCUGACAACGAUAUCGAAAUGGGAAUUGAGAGUAAUCGCACCUUGGUCACCAUUGCUGGCCCACCCCUCCCCCCCAACAUCACGAUCGUACCAGCUGCACGCUCUGUCAUAGUCUCCUUGACAACGCCAUUCUCUCUUCUCCCUAUCACUAACUAUUCUAUUAAUAUCUCCGAGAGCUUGUCCGGUGUGGUCACCAUGGCAACGAUAUCGGGCGACGCCCUCUACUAUAACGCCACCUCUCUCACACCUAACCUUGAGUAUAGUGUCAGUGUAGUGGCCCUGAGCAGAGCGGGUGUUAGCAGUGUCACUAUCAAGCCAUUCUACACUCUGGAAGAUGUACCGGAUGGUUUCCCUAGCAACGUACGCAGCACUUCCACGCUACUAAACAGCAUCAAUGUCAACUGGAACCCACUAGCGGAUAACGAAACAAAUGGAGUCAUUACCGGCUACACAGUGCAAUACAUAUCGUCAGAAGCUAUGACCAUGGACACUGUUAACACCACUCUUAUAUCAGCCACACUGAACGUUAUGGCCGGCUACACAUACACCAUAUCUGUAGCUGCAAGGACUGCAAUCGGAUUGGGCCCGUAUAGCACUGCGGUUAGUCAGAUGACUAUCCCAGUGCCCCCCACGUUCUCACCAGACCCCCCACCAGUGGGCUCUCCUGGUGUCACUACUAUACCCAUCACACUGCCGGCUGUGUCGGGCGGGACCUUCAGUCACUACUGGGUGGUAGUAAUCCGAUUGGACGAUGCCUCCGCAUUUGACGAGUCACGUAACCCGACUUCAGUGUACCCUGACAACAGUUCCUUCACUAACUACUCUGCUAGUGUUCCCCUCACGCCGUACAUUGCUGCUGAGAUCAGAGCAGAUAAUUACCAACCUUCCAUGGUCUUCAUUCUCGGAGAUGAGUCAGGGACUAGAGGAAUCAACGACUUCCCAGACCUGUACCGGAAUGGGCCAUUGGAACAGGGAUCUACGUACACAGCUUUUGUUAGAGCAUUCUCACCCACUGUACCGGCUGGAACGAGAGCCAGGCGACAGAGCGUGAACAGACAGUACACCACAUUCUCCUCUAGCCCCUUCGUAACACCAGUAGGCACUCAAAUCUCUGGGCUGCCUACUGGAGCUAUCGCUGGCAUAGUGGUAGCCAUUGUACUGGCUCUCAUUGCUGUCCUGGUGAUUAUUAUCAUCGGUUUCGUCUUGUACGAGCGUAACCGACUGUCUAAAGAGUACGGCCUCCCACAACCGCCCUCCAGGAAGGGAUCAGUCAGAAUUAGAGAUCACAGGGAGAUUAUCCCUACGACCACCACUCUGAGGAACCUCAAGGCAACGGCUGAGCUCCAAAACCUCGACCCAGAGGAGAGUCGUAACUCCGUGCUGGUGGAGGACUUCCCUCGCUAUGUCAAGUCCAUGCAUGCUAACACCGACCACCUCUACUCAGAGGAAUACGAGAUCCUCUCUAUCAAGUCCCCUAGUUUGGCCCACGUGCAGUCAUCUCUGCCCUGCAAUGUCAUCAAGAAUAGAUACGCCAAUAUCAACUGCUUUGAUGACACGCGUGUGAGGCUCAGUCCCACCCCGGGGGUGGACGGAUCAGAUUACAUCAAUGCCAACUACAUUGACGGCUUCCUAGAGAAGCGAGGCUAUGUGGCCACCCAAGGUCCACUGGCACACACCACGCAUGACUUCUGGAGGAUGGUCUGGGAACAGAACUCCUGCUGCAUCAUCAUGCUCACCAACGUAGUGGAGAAGAACAGAGCCAAGUGUCACCAGUACUGGCCAGAGGUAGGUAGCCUCACACUGGAGGACAUCAGUGUCACCUUGAUAGAGAUCCAGCAGCUGGCUUACUACACUGUCAGGACCUUCAAAAUGAGCAGGGGCAACGAUCGUCGCGAGGUGAAGCAGUUCCACUACACUGGUUGGCCUGACUUCGGUGUCCCUGACUACCCGCAUCCAGUCAUAGCGUUUAGCAAUAGGAUCAACGAUUUCAAGCGCACAACUCCCGGGCCGUUCAUUUAUCAUUGCAGUGCGGGGGUGGGCCGGACUGGCACGCUCAUGACGAUACAAGCCAUGAUGCAGAUGAUGGAAGAGGAGGGGAAGUUGGACAUCUUUAACUUUGUUCUGGGCCUCAGACAUCAGAGGAACUACAUGGUCCAGACAGAGCGUCAGUACAUCUUCAUCCACGACUGCAUCCACGAGACUAUGAAGGUGGGGGGAACAUCGAUCUCCAUUCAAACACUCCGGAGGCGUCACAAGGAGCUGCUCGCACACGACCCUCACCUGGACACCAGCAAAAUGGAGGCAGAAUAUGCGCGUCUUAAUGAGUUACAGGUGUGGGAGGAGUCUCAGUUAGAACCAGCCAGGAUGCCAGUCAACAGACCGAAGAACAGAUUUGAAAAAAUCUUGCCUUAUGACCGCUUUCGUGUGAGGUUGUUGCUACACCCCGGAGUGAUUGGCUCGGACUAUGUCAACGCUAGCUAUAUUGAUGGCUACCAACAUCGCCACCAGUAUAUACUGACCCAGGGAGCCAUGAAACACACAGUGACUGACUUCUGGCGGAUGAUUUGGGAGCACAGAGUGUCCUGUAUUCUCAUGCUAUGUCCCCUCGAGGAGAAGGGAAAGGAGCAAUGUGUUCGUUACUGGCCCACAGAGAAGAUCAUACAACAGGGAGACAUGUUCAUAGAGCUCACACAGAUGACAGAUUAUGGCUCCUACACAAUGCGGGAAUUCUCCGUAACUAAUACCAAGAUUAACGAGAGUCGUGUCAUCAAACACUACCAGUAUUCUGAUUGGCUAGAGGACACCAUGCCAACUAAUGCUGCCACGGUGAUUGAUCUGAUAGGAGUCCUCCAGAAAUCCCAGCACAUGCUCGGAGGCGGUCCCAUUGUCGUACAUGACAGUUCAAGUAUAGGGCGCUCUGCCACGUUCUGCAUCCUAGGCUCAGUCCUGGAGCAGCUGAAGGUGGAGGGCAUCGUUGACUUGUUUGCCACCAUACACUCUCUGAGACACCAGCAGCCAGGACUCGUCAACAGCUUUGAAUUGUACAAGUUCUGUUACCAAGCUGUUCUGGAGUUUCUGGACUCAUUCGACCACUAUGCUAAUUUUGACUGAAACUGAAUGUUUGUUACCAUUGACAGUUUAGAGAGAGUGCCACAAAAGUGCUGGCACUUUUUAUUAUCAUAAUUAAUUUUAUAUAGCAACAAUAAUUUUUAGAAUACACAUAUCCGUUUUUUUUUGUUAAACAGCACAAGUACAAUCUUCCAUAGCAGAUCUAUAAUUAAUAUCAUUAAUUUUAUGCUGCUGCUAAUAUUCAAGGAGCAGCAUAGCAAAUUCAUGUUUAUGUAUUAUCUAUGAAAGUGUCGACCUUUACCUAA